AUGUCGCUGGUGGCGCCGAUUGACCAAUGUCGUAGGGUGAAACCCCUGCUUGUCCUACACAGGGUGGAAAAAGUGACAGGUCUUAUCGUCAACAACACAGACGUUCCGAGAUCCCCGACAUGGAGGGAAAUGAAGAGACUGCAGACAUUAAUAAAUGUUAAGCAAAGUGUGAGAGACUUGGUGAAAGUAUCCAGGAUAGUCAUUAUUGCCAUCGCCCUGACCUACGAUUCCUGCCUAUCUGGUCUUGUCUCCCGAGUAUCAGCCUCGUUGGAUACUUCCCGGACUCCCCUCCUAUCCUCGAAUCUUCCUGCAAACUGCAAAGCACUUGACAACGUCUUCCUGAUGAAGGAGCCCAAAGAGUCCAAAGAAGAGAGCAAUAGGAAAUUGGCCUUUGCGCUCACCGUCCUCGAUCACUGCAUCGCAAAUCAUGGCGAUUGGCGAGCAGAACUGCAUCAGCGCAUGACCCAAAAGUUCAACAAAAAGAAGAACUGGGAAGUUUCUUUGAACAAUCUGCUAAGGCGUUUUGAACUGUCCGUUGAAGAGUUUCCUAUUGUGAAAGAGAAGGGUUCCGAGCACCUCAUCAACAAUGUUCAUCUCCAAGAGCUCAUCCCAAUAAUGAACAAAGAUCGUCUAGAAUUUGGUCUUCCUCUUUACGAAUUUUGUCAUCACCAGAGCACACAGCCCGACAAUGAUAAUGGCAAAGGCUUGCGUCCAGAGAAUGAUCAGGUGAGAUAUGCGCCCAAGCAGUGGAGAUUUACGCUAAAUUUCAUGAAGGCUCCCGUCGAUAGUCUUCCAACAACUACUAGUACCUUGGAAGAUCAAGUCGUUGAGACGAAUCCAAUUAUCAGCCCUGAACACCAAUCCAAGGAAAGUCGCCCUAGCGUCCUUGCCUGCGAUGGAAUACCCUACUGUGGCCAUCGUUCCGUAAACAGCUUCGUGGAGCACGCAGGAAACUUCGAAGCUCAUGUCAGUGACGGAUCUGACUCAGACGAGCUUUCAAGUCCAGACAAUGAAUCCUCAUGUUAUGAUGAUGACAAAGGACUUGUAACAACUCAGAAGAAGAAGCUCAAGGCUGCGAUCCGUGAAGUGGCGCCUGGUGAAGGGACAUUGGCCAACGAAUCAACAGUGAGAUCACGCCCACCUUGCUGUCGGUGCAAAAAGAGAAAGGUGAAGUGUUUACAGCAGGGUCUGAGCUGUAAGGGCUGUAUGGAUGCAGGCCUUCAUUGCAUGCCCUAUGCCACGCCUGCGUUGGGACAGAUCCUCCCACCUUCGAAGAAGCGUAAACGUCCCCAUUCCAGCACCCAGCUACUUAAGUCGAGCCCUCAUGUAACGCAGUUAAUGAAGUCGAGCCCUCAUGUAACGCAGUUAAUGAAGUCGAGCCCUCAUGUAACGCAGUUAAUGAAGUCUAGUCCUCAGGUAACGCAGCUACUGAAGUCUAGCCCUCAUGUAACAAGUGCCGACUUUACGACCAACAAACUCCUCAAUGGCACAUCGUCGCCCAGUAGUAAAGGAGCUGUCGUUGCGCAGGCGAUAUCUUCGAAUAUGCCUAACACAGAUUGUGGCAGGCAAGGUGAUCAGGAGAAAGAGUUGCAAGAGAUGCAAGACAAGUACUGGUUGCUCGCCAGUCAUGCUGAAUUUCUUCUGAGGCGUCUACAAUCACAUCAACAAUGCUCUCUGGCAGAACUUGGACGGCUAAGGAGCAUUGAACGAACGAUCGAUGGUUUUGAUCUGUCGCAAUGCCGAAAAAAGCUGACGGGUGAUUUGAUCUCAGCAGACAAACAAGUCAAAAGUGCCCAGAAAAUGGUCAGUAGAUUGACUGGAGGAAUGUGCUUUGAUAUAGGCCCAGACGACAUAGCUUCGGCCUCCUGCUGGUAUGCAGAACACAUUGAUGAUGAUUGGACGUAUAUACGGCGUCAGCUACGAAUCAUCAUCAAUCAUACACAGCCAUCAGACAUCCCAAACACUGAAAGGCUUAAACCGAUCUCAGAUGUGAUUACACGCUGGUUUGACGGCGAAUCCUCGGCGAGCUAUUUUCCGGAUUGGUUGGCACAAUAUGGAGGCAGCAAGCUGCUAAAUGAUUGCGUUGAGCAGUCUCUUCUGAGCACUCUGUUUUGCUAUUAUGCGUUUAAAGACCAGAUCAUCGGUCAGCUGGAAUCAUCCGAUGAUGCAAUGAAGUUAUACGAGAUGAUUAACGUCAAGGGAGGUUUAGGAGGUCUAAGAGCCGUGAGAAAUGCAAAUAUGUGUGCCACCAAGCUUCUCAUAGAGGAGGAUGACUUCAAAUCAAACCAACUUCCCAAAAUUGAAAUAUCGCUCACCAAAACACUCACUAGAAGCCUGAACAUCGCUUUCGGACAGGUUUCUCAGGAACGCUACGCCAGGUCAGACCUCUCUCAAGUGUGCAAACUGGCCUUGAAAUUGAGGUUGGAUCUCACGGUCAGUUCGCCAAACUACCAGUUCAUCUUCUUCCAGCCGCGCACCACCUUUGAUCCACACUGGAUGACUGGGGAAACCAACACAUGCACAGAGUUAGAACCUGAUCACUGCGUUGGGAAGACCGUAAGAAUCUGUCUCUUCCCGGCUAUCGCCCAGCAGGAGUUUCAACUUGACGAAGUUACUGCGAAUGAUAUACCAUCCGUUCUGGCUUGCAAUAAAACGUUUGGGCUGCACUUACAUGACACUGUGCCUGUGGACUCGACGGCACUGGUGUCGAAGGCGGUUGUCGUUCUAGACUAAGAUGUGGAUCACGUUGAAAUGGGAUUUCAUUCUGUUUUCUUUCUUUUUCUUUCAGUGUAUGGUAAACGGUCAACAUUACGGUAUUUGCUCCACACAUGCUUGCACACUUUCGGGUUUGGUACACGGUCACGAUCAUGGUAUUUGCGCUAGGUAGCCUUAUGAACUUUCGG